UAAAGAUAUGUCAUACUUUUCUAUUUUCUUAAUUCAAGAGAUUAACUAAUCGUUAGUUGAUCCAAUUAUGACUGACACCGUAUUUGGUCGAGAGGACUAUGGAUCGAUCUCCUGCAACUACAAUUAGAAAAGAGUCGGAAUCACUUAAUGUUAGAACUGAACCCAAACAAAUUAGAUAUUUUAGUGGAUCGAUAAUGGAAAAAAAAAUGGUUGGAUUCAGUCAUUCAAAAGAGACACAUCAUCAUGUUGCAUAUAUUACUCGUACCGGUGUCACUGUCUUCUCCCACUCACCAACCCAUCUCUUGUCAUCUACCUUAUCUCCAACCCUUCUCAUAAUCUAUUUUAUUCUAACACUUGCUAGAUUUCUUCCCUCACUCACAAUCACACCCUCUAUAUUCAUUCACUUCACUACUUCACUAUCCAAUCCUCCAAAAACCCAAAAAAAAAAAAAAACAAAGUCAAUGGAACAACUCAAACCAAGUCCACCCAACAACCCUCCUCUCACACCCCUCACCUUCUUAGAAAGAGCCGCCACAAUUUACUCCGACAUACCCUCCAUCAUCUACAACGACACUGUUUUCACAUGGUCUCAAACUCACCACCGAUGUCUCCAACUCGCUUCAUCAAUCACCUCCCUCGGAAUCCGCCGUGGAAACGUCGUCUCCACGGUCGCUCCCAACAUCCCUGCCAUGUAUGAACUCCACUUCGCCGUUCCCUUCACCGGCGCAAUCCUCAACAACAUCAACACGCGCCUUGACGCGCGUAUCAUAUCCAAUAUCCUUAUUCACUCCGAAUCUAAACUUGUUUUCGUAGAUUGCUCCGCACGUGAUCUUGUUCUCCAAGCUUUAUCAUUAUUCCCAUCAAAACAACGAAAACCUCUCCUUAUCCUCAUCAAAGACGAAUCAUUCGAAACAAUCGAAACAAUUCAAACAAAUGAAAAUGGUUCUUCAUCUUCCACCGUUGAUUUCAUCUCAACUUACGAAGAUCUAAUUCAAAAAGGUGAACCGAAUUUUCAAUGGAUAUAUCCAGAUUCCGAGUGGGACCCGAUGUUACUUAACUAUACUUCUGGAACGACGUCGUCUCCAAAAGGUGUAGUUCAUUCACACAGAGGAACAUUCAUCGUGACCAUCGAUUCAUUAAUCGAAUGGACGGUUCCAAAACAACCGAUUUUACUCUGGACGCUUCCUAUGUUCCACGCUAACGGCUGGAGCUUCCCGUGGGGAAUCGCAGCCGUUGGUGGAACAAACAUUUGCGUAAGAAAAUUCGACGCUGAAAUUGUUUACUCUUUAAUCAAAAAGCAUCACGUGACACACAUGUGCGGUGCUCCGGUAGUUCUUAAUAUGCUAACAAAUUCUCCAGACAACAAACCGUUAGAAAAAACGGUUAAGAUUUUAACCGCCGGAGCACCGCCACCUGCCGCGGUUCUGUUCCGUACAGAGUCGUUAGGUUUUACAGUGAGUCACGGUUAUGGAUUAACCGAAACCGGUGGAUUGGUUGUUUGUUGUACAUGGAAGGAGAAAUGGAAUAUGUUACCGGCGACGGAGAGAGCGAGGUUGAAGUCACGGCAAGGAGUGAGAACUAUUGGUAUGACUGUUGUUGAUGUGGUGGAUCCCAGUACCGGAGAAAGCGUGAAGCGCGACGGAAACACCAUAGGUGAAGUUGUUAUGAGAGGUGGUUGUGUUAUGUUAGGGUAUUUGAAAGAUCCUGAAGGAACUGCAAAUUGUUUGAAGAAUGGUUGGUUUUACACAGGUGAUGUUGGUGUGAUGCAUGAAGAUGGGUAUUUGGAGAUUAAGGAUAGAUCAAAGGAUGUGAUUAUUAGUGGUGGUGAGAAUUUGAGUAGUGUGGAGGUUGAAUCGGUUUUAUAUGGACAUUCGGCGGUGAAUGAGGCGGCGGUGGUGGCGAGAGAGGAUGAGUUUUGGGGGGAGACACCGUGUGCAUUUGUGAGUUUGAAAAAUGGUUUGAAAGAAAAGGAUAUACCGACGGAGAAAGAUAUUGUUGAAUACUGUAGGAAGAAUUUACCGCAUUAUAUGGUUCCAAAAACGGUAGUUUUUAAAGAUGAACUUCCUAAGACAUCUACCGGAAAAAUCCAGAAGUUUGUUCUUAGACAGAUUGCUAAGGAUAUGGGACCAAUUAGAAAAAGUCGAAUGUGACAAAACGGGUAUAGGAAAAUUUUGUAUUGCCAAGGUGGGUCCAAAAUAAAACAUAGUAUUAUACCUUACUACAUGCAUGUCAUGUGAAUAAUGAAAUUGAUGAUAAAAUGAGAUAUAUGUUGUCAAGUUAUGCACGAUUCUUCUUCUUGUUUAUGGAUAUGUGAUAGGUAUUAUUUUGUCAUUUUGUAGAUGGCUUUGGAAUUGGAUUGGAGGGAGAGAUUGUACAAAAUGAUAACAUAUAUUAGUUAUAUUAUCUUUUCAUAAGGAAGGGUUUUAUUAUCUUUUUUAUGAGAAAA